UUUAUUUUAGCUAAUGAACCCAUGUCUGUUUGGUGAAUCAGCUAACGAUUAUGAACUUUGCUCUGUCAAACCUUAGAGUGAUAUUGUUGUAUUCUCUGCUGGUACAUUUUGUGGAUUGUGUAGACGAAGCAGCUAAAGAGGGAAUUCUUCAUGCAUCCAGUUAUGCAGACGCUUAUGAAAAGUAUUUGGCUGCAUUUCAACAAGAAGAUAAAACCGUCUAUUUGGGAUCACUGCACAUAAGUCCUGAACAAAGAAAAGAAGUAGAAGAAAAAGAGAAACGAAAACAGAACAAAUUUAUAAAAAGUCUUAAGCAAUGUAACAAGCACAACAAGAACUUCAAUGAGGGUUUAUCAGGAUACCUUCAAACUGUUAAUCAGUUCACCGUCAUGGAGGACGACGAGAGAAAGAUGUAUACAGGAUUAGUUAUAAAUUCAACUGAAAUCAAAGAAGGACUAGGAGGUGAAUCUAAAAGAGUGAGAAGACAAUCUUCGAAGCUGUUACGGAGCAGUCUUCCUCAAUCUGUUGACUGGGUGGAAAAGGGGUAUGUGACAAAAGUGAAGAACCAAGAAGUAUGUGGCUCCUGUUGGGCAUUUGGUGCGAUGGUGCCGCUGGAAUAUGCAUACAAGAAAAUCACAAACAACCUUAUAUCACUCUCAGAACAGGAGUUGUUAGACUGUACUCCAGAGGGUUAUGGUGGUAACCCUGACGGAUGUGCAGGGAAUUUCCCCGUCAAUGCGUGGACUUUUGUAUAUGAGACUGGGAGUGUUCCCACAAUGCGAGCAUACCCCUACAAAAACAAGGAUUUACCCUGCCGUAGUAGUCAACAUACGAGUGUCAUAGCGGAUAAAUUCAAACUUACCACUUACAAGCAAGUAAAGACUGUUGAAGAAACUAUGGCUGGAAUAGCACAGCACGGGCCGCUGGCGGUAGCUUUGUUUACUGGAAACGAUUUCUUUACCUACGACAAGGGGAUUUAUGACGGUUGCCCACAGUAUAAAUUCCCGAACCACGCUGUCGGAAUAGUGGGUUACGAUGCAGCCUCAUGGCUUGUCAAAAACAGUUGGGGCGAGCAGUGGGGAGAUAAGGGUUACAUAAGAUUAAAGCGCCGAAAUGUCUGUGCGGUCUUGGACUUUGCUUAUUAUAUAGUUGUUGAGAAAGUCGCUGGUUAUGUUUCGAAGAAAGAUGGCAAUGACGAAUCACCGCAAAUAAGAUGUAAGGAUAAAGGGAAGGAGAGUGAAAAUAUGCACUGUGCUUAUCUGAAAACCUUGGGAGAUUGUGAAUCAAAAAAACUGAUUAUGGCAAAAUAUUGUGCAGAUACUUGCAAUCUGUGUGACUAUAAGCCUGGUGGUGGUGGUGGUGGUGGUGGUGGUGGUGGUGGUGGUGGUGGUGGUGGUGGUGGUGGUGGUGGUGGUGAUGGUGGUGGUGGUGGUGGUGGUGGUGGUGGUGGUGGUGGUGGUGGUGGUGGUGGUGGUGGUGGACGGAGACGUGGACGUGGACGUGGACGUGGACGUGGACGUGGUGGACGUCGACGUGGUCGAGGUGGUAGUGGGGGUGGAAGUGGUGGUCGAGGUCGCAGACGAGGUGGUAACAAAUAA